UAAUGAAAUAAAAGAAGAGAAGAUAAAAAUAAUAUCUGCGAUAAACCCCAACAAGAACCCCAGAACGCUGAAAGCAGAUAAUCAGAGUGAGAGUGGCAUUUGGAUAUGAUGCUAAUCCCAAUUUGAAACUCUUUCACCCUCUUCUGUUUUACAUUCUUUCUAAACAUGAACCCUCAAAUUGCAAAUAGUAUCUAUUCGCUUCAAUUCCCACAACCCUUCUUCUUCACCCAAUUCCCUCAUUCUUCUCUUCCUCAACGCAUUUUCAGUACCAAAUUCCCACGCAACAUUCCUCGCAACUGCAAUAUCAGAAUCACCGCUUCCAAUUCCCUUUCUGUUUCAGAAACAUCCUCCUCCUCCAACGAAGAAGACGCCGAGUCUGCUCAGCUAUUCGAGAAAUUGAAGGAAUCGGAAAGGAAACGGGUGAAUGAGUUGGAAGAAUUUGAGAGAAAGGCUAAUGUUCAGUUAGACAGGCAGCUUGUUUUGGCUUCUUCAUGGAACAGAGCGUUGUUGAGUUUUCGUGGAAAAUUGAAGGGAACGGAAUGGGAUCCUGAAGAUUCACACAAGAUUGAUUUUAGUGAUUUUUUGAAACUGCUUGACUCAAAUAAUGUUCAGUUUAUAGAGUACUCUGAUUAUGGACAGAAUUUAUCAGUUAUUUUACCACAUUAUAAAAAUGGGAAAACAUCGGGCACUGAAGGGAAUCCUAAGGAUAUUGUCUUCCGGCGUCAUGCGGUUGACCGAAUGCCAAUUGAUUGUUGGAAUGAUGUUUGGGGAAAGCUGCAUCAACAAGUUGUAAAUGUUGACGUCAUUAAUGUAGAUGCUUUACCCGCUGAAGUAUAUGCAACAAUGGCAACUGCAGUCAUAUGGUCUAUGCGUCUUGCACUGGCUGUUGGAUUUUAUGUUUGGAUUGAUAAUAAGAUGAGACCAAUAUAUUCAAAGUUGAUACCUUGUGAUCUGGGAACUCCUCCUACCCCACUAACUAAGGUGCCGGCCUUAAGAAGACAUGCACUUGGUUCUAUAGGCAAGAGUCGGGCUAAAUUUAUAUCUGCAGAAGAAAGAACUGGUGUUACAUUUGAUGAUUUUGCUGGCCAGGAAUAUAUAAAGAGGGAACUACAAGAGAUUGUCCGAGUUUUAAAGAAUGACGAGGAGUUUCAAGACCAAGGAAUUUAUUGCCCAAAAGGUGUACUUCUUCAUGGACCUCCUGGAACUGGUAAAACUUUACUGGCUAAAGCUAUCGCAGGUGAAGCAGGGUUGCCUUUUUUUGCUGCUAGUGGCACGGAUUUUGUUGAGAUGUUUGUAGGGGUUGCUGCAUCCCGUGUUAAAGAUCUUUUUGCAAAUGCAAGAUCAUUUGCACCUUCUAUAAUCUUUAUUGAUGAGAUUGAUGCUAUUGGUAGCAGGCGUGGAGGACCUGAUAUUGGUGGGGGAGGUGCUGAAAGAGAACAAGGAUUACUUCAGAUACUGACUGAGAUGGACGGAUUCAAAGUUUCCACAGCACAGGUGCUCGUGAUAGGUGCUACAAAUAGAUUGGAUAUUAUUGAUCCUGCUCUUUUGAGGAAGGGUCGUUUCGACAAGAUCAUUAGAGUUGGUUUGCCUUUAAGAGACGGAAGACUUGCCAUUUUGAAGGUGCAUGCUAGGAACAAGUCUUUUCGCUCAGAAGAAGAAAAAGAUAGUCUGCUUAACGAAAUUGCAGAGUUAACAGAAGAUUUUACUGGGGCAGAGCUGCAAAAUAUACUGAAUGAAGCUGGAAUUUUAACGGCCAGGAAGGAUCUGGAUUAUAUUGGGCGUGAUGAGUUGCUUGAGGCAUUAAAAAGGCAAAAAGGAACGUUUGAAACAGGGCAAGAGGACACUACAGAAAUUCCUGAAGAACUGAGACUGAGAUUAGCAUAUAGAGAAGCAGCUGUUGCUGUUCUGGCAUGUUAUUUUCCUGAGCCACUCCGCCCUUUUGUUGAGACUGAUAUAACUUCUAUUCGCAGCCAGCCAAAUAUGUGUUAUAAUGAAGUUUCUGGAAAGGUUUUUUCUAGGAAAUCAGAUUACAUAAACUCUAUAGUGCGUUCUUGUGCUCCAAGAGUAGUUGAGGAGGAGAUGUUCGGGAUAGACAACUUGUGUUGGAUGUCUGCAAAUGCAACAUCAGAAGCUUCAAGGCUUGCAGAGUUUUUGAUUCUGCAGACUGGUAUGACUGCAUUUGGGAAAGCAUAUUACAGGAACAAAGGCGAUCUUGUGUCUAAUCUUGCAACGAAGCUUGAGGCACUCCGAGAUGAGUAUAUGCGUUAUAGUACAGAGAAGUGUUUAUCAGUGCUAAGAGAAUACCAUUCAGCGGUUGAGACAAUCACAGAGAUUUUGCUUGAAAAGGGGAAGAUCAAAGCUGAGGAGAUUUGGGACAUUUAUAAGAGUGCUCCUCGUGUAGCUCAGCCUUCUGUGAGUCCACUUGAUGAAUAUGGAGCACUGAUUUAUGCUGGACGAUGGGGAAUCCAUGGGAUCAGUCUUCCUGGGAGGGUUACAUUCGCACCGGGCAAUGCUGGAUUUUCGACCUUUGGUGCACCACGCCCUACAGAGACGCAAAUUGUUAAUGAUGAAACAUGGAAGCUAGUAGAUGAUGUCUGGGAUAAAAAAGUUCAAGAUAUUAGAGAUGAAGCUUUAAGGGAGAUUGAAGAAGAGAAAGAAAAGCCGCAACUUUUGAUGGCAAGUCAUUUCCUCUGAGGGGACUUGUGUAUUGGACCUGCAGGAACUAUCUACCGGGAAACAUAUACAAAUCAUUUGUCAGUUAUGUGAAAGAAGUAGUGGAAAUGUCUCCUUUAUGCGGAGUAUGUGGAUCAACUAGCAACUCUUGUUUUUUCCCUUUGGUUUGAUAUUGUAAAUUUCUAUCCUGCUCUUUUAGUUGGUAAGCCGCUCUAUCAGGAUGAUUUGAUAAUUUGGAGUGUAUAUCAUCAAAUCAAAGUUUGAUCCUCUCUAGAACAAUUUAGCUGAAGGCGAUAGAUACCAUAUUUUUUGAAAGAGGCCUUUUUCACCACAGAUGGCGCACCGGGAUUUCUAGUCUGAUCUGUUGAGUAAGUGAAGUGCAUUACUUGUUAGUUACUUCCCAUAUUGUAAUUCAUUAUAGGGUUACCAUGUUAAGGCAAUUGUAAAUUUACUCAAUUGACUUCAAAAAGUAUCUAUGUUGUUGUUACUAUGUCUAAUGAUAAAUUAAAGUGUAAAGAUUAAAGAACGCUAUACUGCUUACUUUACAUGCUUUUUCAUCA